CUUCAAAGCCAUAAACAGUCUCUCAUUUGACGACUUCUUCGACACCAAAACAACUCUUCAUUUCAUUCAAAACAAUGUCUUAUUUGAAGACAUUUCUGAGCCAUUCGUUCAGCAAAUUGGUUCCCAAGACAUACAUUUGUGGUGGAAGUGCCCGCCUGUUGAGUGAUGUCUCCUUCGUGCACCGCGAGACUGAUGUCGACUCCAAGAACUUUGAAUUCAAUGCCGACAACAAAAAAAGAGCGGAAGCGAUUGUCUCGAUAUAUCCGGAAGGGUUCAGAAGCGCUGCCGUAAUACCACUCCUGGAUUUGGCUCAAAGACAGUACGGAUGGUUGCCAUUGAAGGCCAUGAACUAUGUGGCAGACUAUCUGCAAAUGCCACGCAUGAGGGUCUAUGAAGUGUCCACUUUCUACACGAUGUUCAACAGACAACCCAUUGGCAAAUACCACGUCCAGGUGUGCACAACCACUCCCUGUAUGCUUAGAGGCGCUCAAGAAGUGUAUGAAUACACGAAAGAGUUGCUGAAAGACGAGAAAGACUUCACAGUUAUUGAAGUCGAGUGUUUGGGCGCCUGUGUUAACGCACCUAUGAUUCAGAUCAAUGAUGACUACUAUGAGGAUCUAACCAAUGAAGAUGUCAAACAAAUUAUCGCU